AAAAGUCAUCGAUAAUAAAUGCAUGUGCCGUGGCAUGCGUAUGACUUGAAAACAAAAGGGAUUUGAUGACUCCUCUAGCGAUCGACUUCCUGUAGUUCCGUGAAAAGUCCGUUUGAAGGAAUACACGCUCCCUCGUUGCUCGAGCAUCCGUUCCGAAUACAAUACAUCUGCGACGUUUCGUGGGGAUCGAAUGACGUGAAAGUCAAAUAGUCUUAAUGGCGGAAGUAAGCAGUGAUGAUGAAGACGAUGAACACGUCUCUAUACCUCAAGAAACGCUUGAUUGUCACGGUCCUUUUGAUAUUACUUUGGUGGUCGAAGAUGGCAUCGAAAUCAAUGCUCAUAAGCAAGUUCUUUCGAAAGCAAGUGAAUUCUUUGACAUACUGCUCAACGGUAAAAUGAGGGAGAGUACGGAAAGAGUAAUUCAAUUAGAAAUGCUUACUGAGGCUGACUUACGACACGUUUUAGAGUUUGUUUACAACGGAAAUUUCCAGAUAUUGACCAAAGAUCAAGCCCAGCAUUUAUACGCAGUGGCUGACUAUUUGUUCGUUCAGGGAUUACAAAAAUUGUGUGAAGACUAUUUAAUAAGUAAGUUGAACAUUUCAAAUUGCAUAUCAACCUACUCUUUUGCGCAAAUUUACAGCAGUGAGAAACUGAUAUCCUUCGCCAUGCGAUUCAUCCUUUCAAAUUUCACUGCUGUGGCAAAAGAGGAGGAGUUUUUGAACUUGUCGAUCGAGGCAGUCAAAGUAUGGAUCUCAAGCGAUGAAAUUAACAUUGACGCCGAGAAAGAUGUUUACCACGUCAUUGUUGCAUGGGUUGCGCGUGAUGUUAACGAGCGCAUGGAAUAUUUUGCCGAGUUACUCUCUCUUGUCAGAUUAGUCUAUAUAUCACGUGACUAUCUUGUCAAUCACAUUGCGACAAGUGACAUUGUGCGAGAAAGUGAAAGUUGCUUUAGACUCGUGAGGAACAUUAUAAAUUCAAUUGAUAGAGGGAAUUCUGAAAACACCUUAUUCGCACCACCUAGAAAGUCGCUUGAGACAACGGUUAUAGUUUCUUGUAUACAAAAAGGACCAGAGCAACUGCUAUGUUACUAUCCAUGUAGAAAAAGGUGGUUUAAGUCACGUAAUCCUUCACUCAUAUGUGACCAAGUAAUUUCAUCUCGUGGAAAACUUUACUUCAUAUCCAAGCACGAGCGCACACUGUUACGAUAUGAUCCCUUCUUUGAUCAAUGGAAGACUUUGUCGGUAGAAGGAACACGAGAGUUGCUGCAAUUUUUUGUCAGUGAUGAAGGUGAUAUGUACUCAUUGGAACUCGACAUUGAAACAUCUUGCUCAGAUUGUGCUUCUCUGCCUCCUCCUAAGACAGACCGCCAUCACCUCGAAGGGAUGGUGAAUGUCGUAUCUUGUGGCAAGCAACAUCUAUCCUGUAUCACCAAAUACGACCAUGAAUCCAACCGCUGGAAGCAGAUAACAUCAUUUGAUUUGGGUUCAAGGAAAGGAAUAUGCUUCAUAAGUAAUGCUGAUUACAUAUAUCUUAUCGGUGGUAUCAAUCGAGAAACAAACGAGAUUCUGUCCGUCGUUAACAGGUAUAACUUACGCACAAACAAGUGGGAAAAAGUAGCUGAUAUUCAAGAAGGGAGGGAACGAGCUUACGGAGUCGCUUCUCAAGGAAAAAUUUUUAUCACUGGUGGCUCCAAGGAAAUCUGUGUUUCAACAUCUUGUGAAAUGUACAACGAAAACACCAACAAAUGGCACUCCAUAGCCAGCCGUCGCAUGCCACGACGUCGUGGAAGCAUGAUCUGUGCCGAUAAUAAGUUGUAUGUAGUAGAUGGUUAUGUUUGGAACGAGAGAGGAUUCAGAGGAAAGAUCGAAUGUUAUGAUGCUGAAGAGGACGAGUGGAGCGAGGUGACCGAAAUACCUGUGGAGCAAGGCAUGUAUACUUGGUACCUCGUGAAUUCCUGUAAACUUAGACUUUUUAAAGGAACUAGUCUUCGAUGGAAACCCGUCACUGUGUAAAGUCCUUCAAAGCCUAAGCAAAUUAUCAAGACAGACGAAGAGCUUUUCUAAAUAAAAUGGCUUCAGGUGUUCUCUGAGGCACAAAGGAAAAAGACAAAACGGACCGAAUAACGUUGUUAUGAUGAAUGGAAUUAUCAAAAGUCCUCUGAUCGCCUUUUCUGGGCAUUUGAUGUUUAGACGCUUAUCGCUCCAAACACACAAUGUGACUUCUCUAACUGCCUGCUCAAUAAACGACGUAUAUGUUACCAGGUCUUGAGCAGUGUUUAGAGGAACUGGUACUGACACAUUUUCCGCAACUUGUAAGUUCGCUUGCAAAUGGCACGCACGUGUAUCGCGCGUAAAAGAUGCCAGUAUUCUGGUUGAGUAUUAUUUUGAAGAAUUUUUCCCCUUACAGUUUCGGUGAUGUCUAGUCCGCUUGUUUUUUGAAAAGUUCUUUUGAAGCGGCUUACCAAAAUAAAAACUUAAAUUAGUUACAAGCAUCUCUCAAUCCACGUAUACUAUCUAGAGCAUGAUUUCUUAUAAUUUAAAUGAUCCAUUUUUUUUAUUUGGCUUGGGUAAACAGUGCGAUACUUCUAAAACGUGCUUGACACGUCUAGAACGAGCCUUAAACGAGCCAAGUCGGCCGUCACUGUAGGUUGGA